CGCGCGCGCAUACACUGUACAGAGGACAGAGACGAGCCAAGACAAGACGAGCCAAGACAAGAGUACAGCCAAGCCGCAACAGUUUGGAAGCAGCGAAGCGUUAUAGACCAGAGCAGAUGUAUAUUUAUUUAAAUGUAAAAAAAGAACGGUUUACUUUGAUGUUUCAAAAACGCACAGGAGUGAAAAGUAUGCAGGGGCUCGAGCGCGUCGCGAGCGCAGCAACCGCAACUGGAGAGAAAUAAAAUCUUAUUCAUUUAUUUUUUGAAGAUCUUGUGCCGUGUUUCGUUUCCUAGUGGGAGAAGGAAGAGCAGACAUGGAUCAGAGACUGGGUAGGAAAAUCAGCUAGCGGCUUCAGCUCCUCAAGAGAAGAGAAGAGACAGAGCACCUGGAGAAGAAGAGAUCAUGGAUUUCAGUACGAUACGGAACCUCAUCACCCGAUGGUGUGCAGGGGAGGAGAACUGGGUGGACAGCAGGACAGUGUAUAUCGGACAGAAAGUGCCACCCCCCGGCACUGAGGCCUACAUCCCUCAGAGGUUCCCCGACAACAGAAUAGUCUCCUCCAAGUACACCUUUUGGAACUUUAUUCCGAAGAAUUUGUUUGAACAGUUCAGAAGAAUCGCAAAUUUCUACUUCCUCAUCAUUUUUCUUGUACAGUUAAUCAUCGACACUCCCACCAGUCCCAUCACCAGUGGUUUACCACUUUUCUUUGUCAUCACUGUAACCGCCAUUAAACAGGGCUAUGAGGACUGGCUCAGGCACAAGGCGGAUAACGCCAUCAACCGAUGUCCUGUUCAAAUCGUCCAAAAAGGCAAAGUGGUGUGCAAGCAGAGUCGCAAACUGCAGGUGGGUGACGUGGUGUUGGUGAAGGAAGACGAGACGUUCCCCUGUGACCUGAUCCUGCUUUCCACCAGUCGAGACGAUGGCACUUGUUUCGUCACCACUGCCAGCUUGGACGGCGAGUCCAGUCACAAGACCUAUUAUGCAGUUCAGGACACCAAGGCCUUUAAUACAGAGAUGGAGGUGGACCAACUGCAGGCCACUAUAGAAUGUGAACAACCCCAGCCGGACCUCUACAAAUUUGUGGGACGCAUCAAUAUUUAUUUGGACCGAGAUGAGCCAAUUGCAAGACCUCUGGGCUCGGAAAACCUGCUGCUGCGAGGGGCCACGCUGAAAAACACAGAGUUCAUAUAUGCGGUGGCUAUCUACACUGGCAUGGAGACCAAAAUGGCCCUGAACUAUCAGUCCAAAUCCCAGAAACGCUCUGCUGUAGAAAAGUCUAUGAACGCGUACUUGGUCGUUUAUCUGUGUAUCUUGAUCAGUAAAGCUCUAAUCAACACUAUCCUCAAGUACGUGUGGCAGGCCGACCCCAACCGAGACGAGCCCUGGUACAACCAGAAAACAGAGACUGAGCGGCAACGUCACAUAUUGAUUCGAGCCUUCACGGAUUUCCUGGCUUACAUGGUCCUCUUCAAUUACAUCAUUCCAGUGUCUAUGUACGUGACUGUGGAAAUGCAGAAGUUCCUGGGCUCUUAUUUCAUCACGUGGGACGACGAGAUGUUCGACGAGGAGCUGGGAGAGGGUGCGCUCGUCAACACGUCGGAUCUUAACGAGGAGCUCGGGCAGGUGGAGUACGUCUUCACUGAUAAGACAGGAACUCUAACGGAAAACAACAUGGAGUUUAUCGAGUGCUGUGUAGACGGUCACGUGUACGUCCCGCACGCCGUCUGCAACGGCCAGAUCAUGUCUGGAGCCGACAGCAUCGACAUGAUCGAUUCGUCCCCGUGCAGCGAGAGAAAGGAGCAUGAGGAGCUGUUUUUCCGGGCGCUGUGCUUGUGUCACACGGUGCAGGUAAAGGAGGAGGAGACGGUGGACGGCAUUAAAAGGGGAAUCCACCAGGGAAAAUCCUCGUCCUUCUACAUCUCCUCCUCUCCAGAUGAGGUGGCGCUGGUGGAGGGCAUGAAGAGGCUGGGCUUCACCUACCUGCGCCUGAAGGACAACCACAUGGAGAUCCUCAACAGGGAGGAGGAGAUCGAGAGGUUUGAACUGCUGGAGGUGUUAAACUUCGACUCUGUGAGACGAAGAAUGAGUGUUAUUGUCAGAUCCAGCUCAGGGGAUUUCUACCUGUUCUGCAAAGGUGCCGACUCAUCCAUUUUUCCCCGAGUCAUCUCAGGGAAAGUAGACCAGGUCCGAGCUCGGGUAGAGCGGAACGCUGUGGAGGGUUUACGGACACUUUGCGUAGCGUACAAGAAGCUGUCUCGGGAAGACUACGAGGAAGUGUGUCGUCUCAUCAGCAGCGCUAAGCUAGCUCUGCAGGAGCGGGACAGGAAGCUGGCUGAGGUGUACGACCACGUAGAGCGGGAUUUCAUCCUGCUGGGAGCAACAGCUGUAGAGGACAGGCUGCAGGACAAAGCAGCCGACACCAUCGAGUCCCUGCACAAGGCAGGCAUGAAGGUGUGGGUCCUCACAGGAGACAAGAUGGAGACGGCGGCUGCCACCUGCUACGCCAGCAAGCUUUUCCGCAGGAACACGCAGAUCCUGGAGCUGACCACCAAGAGGACGGAAGAGCAGAGCCUGCACGAUGUGCUGUUCGAUUUGAGCAGAACCGUCCUGCGGCAGCACGGCACCAUGAGCCGGGACACGUUCUCUGGGUUGUCGAACGAAUUCCAGGACUACGGCUUGAUCAUCGACGGAGCCACCCUGUCUGCGGUGCUGAAACCGGCACAGAACGGCAGUCAUGGAAACUACAAGGAGAUCUUCCUGGAAAUCUGCAGGAACUGCAGCGCCGUGCUGUGCUGCCGCAUGGCUCCACUUCAGAAAGCACAGAUCGUGAAGAUGAUAAAGACGUCAAAGGAGCAUCCCAUUACUCUGGCCAUCGGAGACGGAGCCAAUGACGUCAGCAUGAUCCUGGAGGCUCAUGUGGGCAUCGGCAUCAUGGGUAAGGAGGGAAGACAGGCAGCCCGCAACAGUGACUAUGCAAUCCCCAAAUUUAAGCACUUGAAGAAGAUGCUGCUGGUGCACGGUCAUUACUACUACAUCAGAAUAGCGGAGCUGGUGCAGUACUUCUUCUACAAGAAUGUGUGCUUCAUCUUUCCCCAAUUUCUCUAUCAGUUCUUUUGUGGCUUCUCGCAGCAGCCACUGUAUGAUACAGCAUAUCUCACCCUGUACAAUAUCAGCUUCACCUCGCUGCCCAUCCUGCUCUACAGUCUGAUCGAGCAGCACAUCAAUAUGGACAUCCUGAAACGGGAUCCUUCGCUUUACAGAGACAUUGCGAAGAAUUCCCUGCUCCAAUGGCCCAUCUUCAUCUACUGGACAUUUCUAGGUGUUUUCGACGCACUGGUCUUUUUCUUUGGUGCUUUCUUCCUAUUCGACAACACCAGCUUUACCAGCAACGGACAGCUAAUGGCCACAAACACGCAAAUGAUGUUUGGAAACUGGACGUUCGGAACUCUGGUGUUCACAGUGCUGGUAUUUACAGUCACGUUAAAGCUUGCUCUGGACACACACUACUGGACCUGGAUCAACCAUUUUGUCAUAUGGGGAUCUCUGCUUUUUUAUGUGAUCUUCUCACUUCUAUGGGGCGGCAUCAUUUGGCCGUUCCUGAAUUAUCAGAGGAUGUACUACGUCUUCAUGCAGAUGUUGGCCAGUGGACCCGCGUGGCUCAGCAUCAUUCUGCUCAUCAUGGUCAGUCUCCUUCCUGAUGUGCUCAAGAAAGUGCUGUGGAGAGCGCUGUGGCCCACAACCACUGAGAAAAUCCAGAACGCAGAAAAACUCUACAAGGGUCAGCUGUCGGAGUUCACCCCUCUGUCUUCUACCCACACCCCAACUGGACACAAACGAGGCGACGAUGAUGCUCAUAGCCACGCCCAUCACAGGUCUGACUCCUCCCCUCGUAAAAAAGUGAUGUACACCCGCUGGGGGGGUGGCCCCGACUACUGCACUUUCCGCCCUUUCUUCCGUUUUGGGGGAAACCCCAGGCUGUCCGGGAUGCCGUACGCCUACUCCGCGCCCGGGCGUGAAACUUCCAUCUGAAAUGAAAGUCUAAGCUAAAGUUAAAGACUUGCACACCUUAGCGCAGACUGAUCCUGAAAUUAAAACCGUUAAAGGCUUUUUAAAGUACAUACUUCGCCAAGGCAGCACACAGCAACGAGGCUGGGUGUGUGUUUGUGGUUCAGAGACCUGCCCAAAUUGGGCAGCAGAUUUUUGGGAGUGUUCAAAGUGCUGUGUUAAGGGGCCCUGAUUCCCUUGUGUAUGUGCUUGUGUGUUACCCUGAAUCACACCUUCCAUGUGAAAAUGACUUAAAACUAAUGUCCUGGCACUGAGCAGCUAUAAUACAGCAUACAGCUUUUCCACUUGAUGGAAAUGAUGUGAAUGUGGAGAUAUACACUCACCGACUACUUUAUUAGGAGCACCUGUACGCCUGCUCAUUCAUACAGUUGUCCAAUCAGCCACUCACGUGGUUGAUCACGUGAAAAAUACCAGGCCUAUUAUUAUAAUUAUUAUUUUUUUGGAUGACCUUCACCCGCUGUAGCGUCAGAUUCCUGAUUCGGUCAGACAGGAGUGAAACCUGAUGUGGUCCUCGCCACAUCCAUGCUGGAGUUUGGAAAGUUGUGCUUUUCUGCUCACCAUGUUUGUAAUUCCAUAACCUUGUCAUCUCAAACUGGUCUGGCUGAUGUUCUUUCAAGGUUCUUGACUUGUAUCUGAAUGGUGUUACGCACAUCUGUGCUGCCGCGUGAUUGGCUGAUUGAUCGUUUGUUUUUUGUGAAUGUGCAAGUGUACAGGUCCACUGAAGCGUGUAUGACGUUUAAAACUUAGUUGCAUGAUCGGUAAACAGAUCCUGACGCUUGUUUUCUCCCCUUUUCUCUCGAAUUUUCUUCCCUUCCCUUCUUGUUUUUUUUUCUUCUUUUAUGUUUUUUUCCUUAGAACAAACUGGCAUCUGUUUUUGAGGAACACUCCGUAAAGGCGCCGUUAUGUUGAAUUGUAAGUGGCUGGAAUUCAGCCAUUGUUGCAUCUUUACUCCAUUAGAUAGAGCUCGUUAAGAAUGCCAUAGGUGUGGGUGUGUGUGUGUGUGUGUGUGCUUGUUUUUGUAUGCGUUUGUGAGACAGAACUGGACUGUCACAGCUUUAUCAUUUGUAAUAUGACCGCACCACUCAAGUAUCUCUUGUAUGAUUGACGAGUUAUUAUUUCAACUCUAUUGCUAGAAAAAGUCUAAAACUGAGUGGUCAUGGCAGCUUGUUAGUCUUGUGUAGGUGAUUAGAGAUGUGCUACAGCUAUUUAUUUAUCAACACUUUCUCUCCCUUUACCCAUUAAAAUGCUUUUCUGUUGGGUUUUUUUUUUUUUCUUUCCCCCAACCUAUCUACCUUAGCUUCUGUGUUCUUCUGCCUUAACACCGUACCAUCUCCCACGCUUCAUACUGUGGUCCAGACACCAAAGGUUGUAACAUAAUAGAUAAACGAAGUAAACUAGUGUUGUUCUUGCCUUACACUGAUUUGAAGGAGCAGGGAAACGGGCGCAUGACGGCAUUAGACGAAUCCCACCGCACUGCCUUAAGUUCACACGCUGCACCAGCAGACAGCUGGAUGGUAGACAGUUCCCUUUUAGACUGAUUGCAGAUCAGUUUUAUUUCUUCUAUUGCCAUACUACUGUACGUCACGUAUGUAUAUAUAGAUGUCUCUAUAUUGCUAUAUUUUUUGGAAAAGUCUAAAUAUUUCGGUUUGGAUUUAUGAAUGGAAAAGCUGGUUAUAUAUCAGUGUAAAAGCAGGGAUGUUCUGUACAGAGAGAUGGAUAGCAGUGGUGUGGUUCUCCUGACCAUCUGCUACAGCCAGCUAAGCCAUGCAAGACUCUUUGAGAAGAUUUAUUUAUUUUUAUUCCCUUGGCAGCACACGUUACUACUGUAUAUUUCCUUGGAUAGCUGUACCCAACAUUUGUAUUGACAGUUUGGAGCCUUGUUUUGCAAAGCUGGCUUAAUUGUGUCAUUUUAAACCGAUCAUCAACCUGAUCGCCUUUCAAAGUCAUUGUCUGUUUGCCCGAUGCACUUUUCUCGAUGUGUCACUAAAUCAGCCAGUUCAUUGGCUACACCUCAGAUGAUGUCUCCUGUUCACUGUGUAUCACAUCCCUUUAAUUCAUUUGACUCAUAGUGAAGAGAAACCAUUUUUUGUUAAGCGCAAAAUAGAUGUUAAUGUUAAUAGAAGUAGAAUAGACCAUAAUAGAGUAGUGUUUUGUCUGUGCAAUUUGAAUGGUUAAGGAUGAUUAAGGCUUCCUGACACGUCAAUAAGGCCCUUAUGACAGCUGACAUAAACGGUUAUAAGGCUUAUUCCAAUUGUCGGGUGUCUGCUCUCGUUACUGCAUCUUACCUUCAUGGAGUUCCGAUAACGCCUGGAUUAAGAGACAUAUGGUUUAUGUAAACCAACCAGGAUAUUUGGAUACCAGUCAUAGUUAAGCAACAUCGCACGAGUGCUGUUGUACCGGAUAUCAGCAUGGUUGUGAUGCGUUCGUGGCUUAGUGCUAAAGGGAUUAUAUCCAUGCUGAUAUUCAGCAUGAUCUCGACUGAGAUAUGACGUUUAUACAACAGUUCCACAAAUUAAUAAGAGUAUGAUUUGUUUGUUUAUUUAAGCAGUUAUUUUGCUUUAUCGUUCCACGCCUGGCGGAGCUGGCGACUGACCGUUAGCAAGCGUCAGUUAGCAGAAUUAACAAUUAAGGGUGAUGGUAGUUUUAAAUUAUUGAUGGUACUAUGUAGCCAAAAGCUGCAGAGAAUAAGGCACAUAGAGGUGGUGGACAGUCAUUUAAAUCUAGUAAGUUUCUCUUUACAUUUCCACGUAUUCCGCUUUACAAUAUCCACUCUGGUUUGUUAAUGUAAUUAACGUUAAUGUAGUCAAAGAUUGUGACACAGAGUGAUGCAUACAGUACAGUAUAGUUAAAUGUCCACCUGCAGUUACUGUACGUUAUCACCUCUCGUGGAAAGAUCCUCAUCCAAACACAUCACUCAGUCCGAACUGUUGUAUAAUAAAUUAUAUAUUAAAGACCUGGCAGCAACCUUUAAUCUCUUUUUUAACUCCACAUGAAGCUAUGAGUUAUCUUUUUAAACAAUUAACACAAAGAAUGAGUUUGAUCAAAUAAUGCAUCUUAAAUGAUUGACAGCUACUGUAAAUAGUCAUGACAGUCAUGAUCCAAUAUUUUCGAUAUUAAUCAUUAUCCAUUAUCAUUCUCUUUCUUAUAUCCCUUCCCCACUCGAAAAUCUCACUUUUAAUUCUUAACAUUUUGAUUGAAAUAUAAAAUAAAUGCAGCUUUUAAUACCAUAUUUUAAAAAAUAAACUUUUCUGUCUCAAAUACCAUUUUAUAAAUCAGCGGUACUGAGCGUUCAGGUGCAGGAUGGCAAGUUGCUCCGCAUCAAUUUCACUUAAAAUCUAGACACUAGGAAAGUUUUAAUCGCUAAAUGUAAUGAAUGCAGCAAAUUUUUUGUUAUUAUAAAAAACCUUUUUACAGUCUAUUGAAAAUCAGCAUCUUUUCCCCCUUUUGUAUAUUACACUAUCAGAAAAAAAACCUACCUUAUUUCUUGCCAUGGUAUUACUGUAUGUAUUAACAUUGAUUAUGCAACACUGGUCUUAGUCGUAGUUCAGUCUGACAUCACAGCAGUACACUGAGCUACAGAGUCAGCUGUCAUGACCUUAAAACAAGAAUAUACUGUAUAUAUAGUAUAACAGUAUAAAAAACUCAAUAGCGAUUGUAUCUGCUUGACCUGAUGAAGGCAGUUUUUAACAGCUUUUGGAAUAGUGAUCGAUUAUAUUCUGUAGCUUUAUGUCAGUUGUCAUAAAUGGUUUAUGUACAGUUGGUGUCAUGUUGCUCAAGGAACACAUGCCCUAAUCGUUCUUAUAGUGCAAUAUAAUUAUAGGAUAUGUCUUGACAGUUUGCUUUGUCAGAUUUCCUUUUACAUUCCCUUGUUCUCCUCUUUAUUUUUUUUUUGUCUCAGUCUUAGUCUUUACUUGCAUCCUCAGACGUUUCAGGGUCAGAGCCUCUCUCCUCGCUUUUUGAUGUCUUUUACCAUCUUUGCUUCCAAAAAUUUCCAUGGCUGUUUAUUGAUCUCUGAGCUUUUAACCAUUGUCCAUGUCAGAAUUAGAGACAGAGACAGAAACACGUAUUGAGCGGAUAUGUAUUGAUUGCUAUGGUGACCAAUGUUAAGAUAGUGUUUAUUUCUGUUUUUUUAACAUUUUAGCUGCUUGUGAGUAGGUGCCUUGUGGUUGAUGUACGUCCACUGAGUUGGGAAGUCCCGAUGGCUGCUUGUAUACAUAUAAAAUAUAUUAUUAUUAAUAUUAUUAUUAUUAUUAUUAUUAUUAUUAAAUCCUUUACAACAUUAAGAUUAAGAAACGCCAAUGUCAAAUUUAAUUUAUGGGAGAUUCUACACCUAAAUGGAAAUGUUGUAAAUGAAUGUGUGUCAGCGAUGAGGUUUACAGUUAUAGAAUGAAUUUAGGAAUUAAUGAACUAAUGAAUGAAACAUGAAUGAGUGACUUUGCUUCUGGUCCAUAGCUGCACUGUUCUACAGUACGUGUCUGAAUGUAAUCAUCGUUCAUUAUUUAAAGUCAAGCACAUAAUCAGUUAAUCAGUGUCUGGAUGUUUGCAUGUUACCAGUAGCUGCUAAGCCUAAUCAUGCAUCUUUUUACAUUCUGCUAGUUUAUUAUAUACUGUAUGAGCAUUCUAUAUACUGUAGGACUGACGACAGGUUGAGAGUUAAGAGAGGUUUUUGUUGUGUUUUUUUUUUACCCCCAGUGACUCUCUGAAAGUCCUGGGAUUGGAACUUACACUCACUUUUAAACUUUUAAAUUAUAAUGCAUUUUCCUCAGCUUUGAUUUGUCAUUCCUGAAUUUGCAAAAGCACUUGUAAAACCUGAAACCAAACGAAUUGCAUUCUGAAUGUUGUCCCAUUCUUAGUUGCUACAACUAUACGGGUCUGUUUUUACAACCACUAAUGUACGGAAACUAAAACUACUGGAAAUGUUCAAUUCUAUUCAUUUAUGACACUGUUUGUUUUUUUUAUUUUGAGAAAUGUUUAAGAUUCUGAAUGUAUUAAAGGACAAGUCUGGUUUGACGAGGAGUGAAAGAAACACUCACCAUUCAGCGUUAUUUCAUUUGACUAUGUCAUUUAUAUCUUCCACCAAUAGUUAUCCGGCUAUUUUGUCUAAGUCAUACUGUAGUUGUGAACAAUAAUACUAAUGAUGUGAACUGUGCACAUUUUUGUGAGCUUCAGGAAAGCAGUGCAGGAUCGAAUCUCCUUCACAGAUAUGUUUUAUAGGAGGGAAGACACUGGUGUUGCUCUUUUUGCAUUUUUCUUUCUUUUCUUUUCCGACAAGCCACUGUAUUGUGUAGGAAUUCUUUCUAUGCCAGGAAUUAGAUAAUCGCCAGACACUGGUUUCUAUUAAAAGACUGUAUCUUAUCCUGUAGAACUGACAGAUGUAUAAAUAUUUUGUAUAUCGUAUUGAAAAAAGAAAAAGAAAAAAAAAUGCUUUUUGCUAUUUUUUGUAUUCAGAGGUUUAAAAAGUACCACUCGAUUUACGGUAUUAGAUUUGUUUUCUAUCAACCAAAAUUGAAGAUACGGCAGACGACGGCGACGUCAAACCCGGUAAACAGAAGAGGUUGCGGAAUAGCUUUAAUCUUCUGCUCCUUCUACGAUCUCACUUUAGGAUUUUGAGUUUGCAUUAGUCAUGUCGACGUGCACUGUUUGAGGACGCCGCACACUGAACCUGGGGAGACACUUUGGCGUCCAUUUUCGCUGCUGUUCAGAAAGUGUGACCAAAUACUAUUCUAGAUGUCUAUACUAUUGUAAAGGCUUUACUACUCUAGUGGGGCUAAAUCAACGCCAGCCUAUUCAUGUUAACCGAAUGUCUAUUUGCUUUUAAAAAAAAUAAAUAUAUUCUUUCUUUUACUUUUGUUUUUUUCCUCAAUUGGUCAGCACAAAGUAUGAUGUUGCUCUUAACUAAGUCUAUACUGUAUAUUUAAAAUGUAUGUAGACUACUGUACACUUUACAGUAUAUAUGUAGUCAUAUGAGUCACUGUACAGUUUGGGGGGCUUUUUUGUAUACAGUUUUUAACAGAUUGGUAUCUGUAGAUAUAUGUGGAUUUUUGCCAGCUUUUCUGUAGUUAAUAACAGCAAAAAAGCUGUAAAAUUGCUUGUAAUAAAUAAACGCAGAAAAUUA